ACCUUGACACUCCCAAAAUGGCGGUGGUUUAGAAUUUUCAUAACAAUGUUAUUUUUCCAAUAUAUAGAAUAACUCUGUUGUGUCAAGUUAUUCCGAUGAAUUGAAAGGAUACGUUUUAACCAUAUAAUGCACAUUUUGAAGUUUUUAAAAUAUAACUAUUGUUCAAUUACUGCCAGAAAUAUGGUGAAAGUUUUAAAUGUUGCCGAAAAAAACGAUGCUGCAAAGUCAAUUGCAGAAGUUAUGUCUAGAGGGAGAGUCAACAGGAGAGAAGGUUUCUCAAGAUUUAACAAGAUUUAUGAGUUUGAGUACAUGUUGUUCAACCAGAGAUGUAACAUGAUGAUGACUUCAGUGUCUGGUCAUCUCCUCGGCAUGGACUUUAUAGGACAGUACAGAAAAUGGAACAGUUGCAGUCCGGCAUCUUUGUUUGAUAUUCAGGUGGAAAAAUACUGUCCAGAAAAUUUUACAGACAUUAAGCGUACAUUGGAGCGUGAAGUGAGAGGAGCCCAGUUCCUUGUUAUAUGGACAGAUUGUGAUAGAGAAGGAGAAAAUAUUGGAUUUGAGGUUAUACAGGUCUGUAAAGCAGUUAAGCCAAAUAUACAAGUGUACAGAGCAAAGUUUUCUGAGAUCACACCACCGGCAAUAGCAAGAGCAUGUCAGAACCUGAUUCAGCCAGAUAAGAAGACAAGUGAUGCUGUAGAUGUUAGAAUGGAACUGGAUCUCCGGAUAGGUGCAGCAUUUACAAGGUUUCAAACAAAGAGGUUACAGAAGAUAUUUCCUAAUGUUCUAGCAGACCAGCUGAUUAGCUAUGGGAGUUGUCAGUUUCCUACGCUAGGUUUUGUUGUUGAGAGAUAUAAAGAAGUUCAGGCAUUUAUUCCCGAACCUUUCUGGAAACUUAAAGUGUCCUAUAAAAUGGAUGACACUGCAGUGGACUUUAAUUGGAAAAGGAACAGACUAUUUGAUUAUAUGGCAUGUUUUGUGCUGUAUCAGCAUUGUUUAGAGUCUCCUCUAGCGAGAGUGGUGGAUACAAAAGGUAGAAGUAAGAGUAAGUGGAGACCGCAAGCUCUCGAUACCGUGGAAUUAGAAAAGCUGGCAUCACGGAAGUUACGUAUCAGUGCUAAAGAAACCAUGAAGAUAGCUGAGAAGUUGUACACUAAUGGAUUUAUUAGCUACCCAAGAACUGAGACUAAUAUAUUCGCCAAGGAGAUAGAUCUGGCCUCCAUGGUGGAACAUCAAACCCGGGACCCAAACUGGGGAGAUUUUGCAAGGAGAGUGUUAGAGAGGGGACCUACACCUAGAAAUGGUAACAAAACAGAUAAUGCCCAUCCUCCCAUACAUCCUACGAAAUAUACGGACAAUCUGCAGGGGAACGAGAAGAAACUGUACGAGUUUAUUGUGCGUCAUUUCCUAGCUUGCUGCUCCCAGGAUGCUCAAGGCUUUGAGACAACAGUAGAAAUUGAUGUUGCUGAGGAACGAUUUACAGUCCAAGGCUUAAUGGUUACUGCCAAAAAUUAUUUAGAAGUCUAUAUCUAUGAAAAAUGGAGUGGAAAGGAAAUACCUGUUUUUGACAAGGGGGAUGAAUUUCAACCUACUUCAAUAGAGAUGAACAAUGGAGAGACAAGUCCUCCCCUGUUACUGAGUGAAGCAGAUCUCAUUGCAUUGAUGGACAAACAUGGAAUUGGUACUGAUGCAACUCAUGCUGAACAUAUUGAAACAAUCAAGUCAAGAAACUAUGUUGGUGUACGUCCUGAUGGAAGAUUUGUUCCUGGUCAGCUAGGGAUGGGACUGGUUGAAGGUUAUGAUGCAAUGGGAUAUGAAAUGUCUAAGCCACAUCUGAGGGCAGAGUUAGAGGCUGACCUGAAGAAAAUAUGUGAAGGAAGGAAACAAAAGCAAGAAGUGCUGGAUGCUCAAGUUCAGAAGUAUAAAGAGGUGUUCAUAGAAGCUUGCAGACAGGCAGAAAAGAUAGAUGAGUCAUUAUCAACGUACCUGGGAGAAAAUGCCCAGCCAGCUCCACCAGAGGAAAACAUUGAAGUGUCCUCUCCAGUAAUGAAGUGCCCAAUGUGUGGAUCAGAUAUGUUACUGAAACCAAAAAAAGACAACAAAGGGUUCUAUAUAGGAUGUAUGGGUUAUCCAAACUGCCGCAGUGCAAUAUGGCUGCCAGACGGUGUGUUAGAGGCUUCCGUCAGUGAUAGUAUAUGUUCUCAGUGUGGUCCAGAUGUACAUCUAGUCAACUUCAAGUUUAAACGAGGAUCUGUUCCCCCUACUGUACCCUCACAAUAUACUGGAUGUGUGGCGGGCUGUGAUGACACACUGACUACAGAUGUGGGAAUCAAAGCACCUAGACCUGCUGGCUCAGCUACUCAGACAAACAAUGGUACGGCUAGAAGUCAGAGAGAUUCAGGUUAUGGUAGCUCCUUAAAUUCUGUGUCGUCUAGAAACUAUUCAACGCAGUCAUCUGUGCAGUCCAACACUGGUGCUAGAAAUAACUCUACCAUAAGUUACAGUGCUAGAACUAAUCAAAGUAGCAAUCAUAACACGUUCAACAACUCUAGCUUUACCUCACCUCCUGGCCAAUCAAAUCAGUGGAAUAAUAAUCGGACCAAUCAAAAUUCAAACAGGAAUUCUGGGAGUUCUAGGCCACCCUUGGCAACAGUGACAGGAAGUGCAGGUAACACUGGGAACACCGAGUCUGGGAAUGAGGUAGUGUGUAAUUGUGGGAAUGAUGCAAUACAGCUUACAGUGAGGAAGGAAGGGCCAAAUACAGGACGACAGUUUUAUAAAUGUGGCAGUUCAGCAUGUAAUUUUUUCCUGUGGGCUGACGAGGCAGGCAAUGAUGGUGGUGGUGGUGGUGGCGGACAGACUGCUAAUAGGUCAGUUAGUACAAGUUAUUCCAGUAACCGAUACUCCGGCAACAGUACAAAUCCAACACCAAGUUACCAUAGAAACCAGAAUACAGAUCCAGGAGAGUCUGUAUCAUGCCAGUGUGGUCAGCCAGCAAAGAGUUUAACUGUUCAGAAAGAGGGACCAAACAAGGGGAGACAAUUCUUUGCCUGUCCAGCUCCAAGAGGAGAGGGCUGUAAUUUCUUCCAGUGGGGUGAUGAACAACCUGGCGGGGGAGGGUUUUCCUUCGGAGGAAGCAGUAGAGGCGAUGUUGGUAGAGGUGGUGGUAGAGGUGGAGGUGGUGUAAGUAGAGGUGGUGGCAGGAAGAGGGCAGCACCAGGAGAAAAUGGGUCAGCAAUUAAAAGAAGCAAAAAAUGUGGAUUAUGUGGGGUAGAAGGUCACACAAAAAGAUCGUGCCCACACAGAUGACAGGAAAAAAUCUCAACACUUACACAACUAGAAUAUUUUGUUUUGUUAUUUAUUAUUAAUAUUUGUUACUUAUGAAAAAUAAAAUUUGAUAAUUUUA